AUGAAUGAGACGUCUGACUCUUUGCAUAAUGAGGAAGAAUUAAAAGGACAGGUUGAAACAAUGCCUGCUGCGUUCUCUCCACCAUAUGACAAGGAGAAUCACAUUCUUCCCACUUUCAGAAGAAUUCCUAUCUCAGAGUUGAAGAACCACAGUAUCCUGCAGGCCCUGACAACAGAAGCACAUGAAUGGGAGCCAGCCAUUCUAAGUACUGAGGUGCUCAGAGCCCAAGAAGAAUGGGAAGCUGUGGACAGCAUCCAGCCAGAGACCGGAAGCCAGGCUAUUUUACACCAGCCUCAGCAGCUCAUCUCCUUCAGUGAGGCCUUGCAGCACUUCCAGACAGUAGACCUCUCCUCCUUCAAGAAAAAAAUUCAGCCAACUAUCCGAAGGACUGGUCUUGCUGCUCUCCGUCACAUCCUCUUCGGUCCUCCAAAGCUUCACCAGGGCCUCCAUGAAGAAAGGGAUUUGAUCCUGACCAUUGCCCAGUGUGGCUUGGAUAGCCAAGACCCAGUGCAUGGCCGAAUCCUCCAGACCAUCUACAAGAAGCUGACUGGCUCCAAAUUUGACUGUGCCCUCCACGGAGACCACUGGGAAGAUCUGGGCUUUCAAGGGGCAAAUCCAGCCACAGACCUGAGAGGGGCAGGCUUCCUUGCCCUCCUGCAUCUGCUGUACCUGGUCAUGGACUCCAAAACCUUGCAGAUGGCACAGGAGAUUUUACGACUCUCUCGUCACCAUAUCCAGCAAUUCCCCUUCUGUCUGAUGUCAGUGAAUAUCACCCGCAUCACGAUCCAGGCCCUAAGGGAGGAGUGUCUCACCAGGGAGUGUAAUCGGCAACACAAGGUGAUCCCGGUGGUGAACAGCUUCUACGCAGCCACUUUCCUCCGCCUGGCCCAUGUCUGGAGGACGCAACAGAAAACCAUCUCAGACUCAGGCUUCGUCCUCAAAGACUUGGAAGUGUUGGCCAAGAAAAGCCCACGGCGCCUGCUCAAGACCCUGGAGAUCUACUUAGAUGGGGUGUCAAAGGGACAGGCCUCCUUGUUACAGGUGCCCAAGUUCUACGAGCCCCAAGCCCGUCACUCCAAGGAUCUCCCCUUCACAGGUGUGUGUGACCUGCCAGCACAGUCAUCUGAAAGCAGAGUGCCUGCCUGGGACACCCGGUCCCUCCGCCCUAGUCCUGCAAAGCCAGAUCCAGCUGCAGAAGUGGCUCAGAGCCUCCAGAGCUGUGUGGAUGUCAUCCGCGUGCUUCUUAGCCCUUGCACAGGCUGGGUAAGCAGGCAGUGUAAGAAGCAACCAGACUACACAGUGCAGCUCGGCCCCUGCGUGGUGCACACGGUGUGUGCUGAGCCACUAACGGAAAGGCUCACAGCCGACCAUCCGGGGACCAUCUGUGACUAUCACAGCCAAGCAAACCUCAUGCAGCAGCUGCACCCGUACCAUGAGGGAUGA